UCUCUCGCCCGCCCUUCCCGCUCCCCCGUUUCCACAGUCUUCGAAGAACCAGGUACUUACCAACAUAAAAAAAAAUUAAAAGAAAGAAAGAAAAAAAAUUACGAAAAAGGACAAAAAAGAAAAAGGAAAGAAAAUCUUAUUCAAUCAAUUCGAUGACGGUAGAUCGGAGGUAUUGGGCUUCUGUUUUGUUGAAAACUGACUCUUAGAGGAAAUAAUAUUGUAAUUUCAUCAAGCUAUUACAUAUUUUGAUAUCAUGGAGAAUGAGCACACAAUUAAAAGUGACAAGGGCUCCCUCUCUGAAUUGUCAAGUCCAGAGGAUAGUCCAAGGGGAAGUGGUGUUGGGGGAAAAGAAGAAAAUAGGCUGUUAGGAGAAAUGGAGUCUCUAACUGUUGACAAGAUUAACCAUGAAAAUAGGAGCGAAACUGAACGAGAAAUUUCCGAGAGUUUAAAUGAAAUAGGUCAUUCUAAAGAGGAAGUUCUGAUUGCCGAUAAAGAGAAUAAGGAGAGUGACUCAGAAUCUGAGAAUCAGAAUGAUAUGAGUGUAGCACUAGAAACUGAGAGGAACAGUGGAUUAGAUACUGACAGUCCGAAUGAAAAGAGACGUUCCUCAGAGAAAACCCUUGUUGAAGAGAAAGAGAGCGACUCUGAGACUGAGGAGCCAAGUGAAAUCAGCCAGAAGGCUGACAAAGUUGAGGAGGAGAUUGGUUCAGACUUGGACAAAUUUAGGACAUUGAGCAAUAAUGCAAUGGAAGAGGAGAGUGAUUCAGUCACUGAAAGACUGCACAACAUGAGCCAUACUGCAACAGAAGUUCCUGUCAUAGAUAAAGAGAUUGGUUCAGACUCUGAGAAUAUGAGCAGAAAUACUCAAACUACUGAUAAAUUAGAGGACAGUGACUCAGACUACGAGGAUCCAAACAAAAGAAGUGUUGUUAGAGAGGAAGUUCAUAUCCUAGAGAAGGAGAUUGGAAAAGACUUUGAGAACGUAAACGAAGAGAGCCAGUCUCCUAUGAUAGUGAAGGAGAGAAAUUCAGACUCUAUGAGUCCAAAGGAAAAUAACCAUACUACAUCUGAAUGUAUGAACAAUGGUUCAGAUUCUAAUAAUCCGAAUGAGAAAAUACAGUCUUCUGAAGAAGUUGAGAAAGAUGGUGAUUCUGAUUCUGAGACUCUGAACAAGACGAUCACGAUGAGCACAACUACAAGGGAGGUUCUUAUUGAGGAAGAGAUUGGCUUGACCUCUGAAAACAAUGCGAGUCAGACAGAAGAAGAUGUCAUUGAGGUUAAGGAAGUUGACCCUGUUUUUGAUGGAACUGAGGCGCCUGAGGCGGGAACAGGAAGAACAUUAUCUAGUCAAUCCUUGGAUCUCUAUCCGGAUUCACCGACAAGUUCUUGGCCUGAAAAGGCUGCUGCUCUAAAAAAUCUUGUUAAAAUGAAAGGAGCAGUUGCAGUUUCAACUGUUCUUCGCCGCCUUUCCGGUGGAAAGGACGAUGGUGGAAAUCCUGAUGAGGAAGAAAAGAAUGUCAUUAUGGAGAGUUCAGUUGAAGAACCAGUUAUGAAAGGGAGGAUAAUUUUAUACACAAAGUUGGGCUGUCAGGAAUCCAGAGAGAUCAGGUCAUUUAUGCAUCAGAGGGGGCUAAAGUUCAUCGAAAUUAAUGUGGAUAUCUAUCCUAGCAGAAAGUUGGAACUUGAGAUGAAAACAGGAUCUUCUGCUAUUCCACGGGUCUACUUGAAUGACUUUGUUGUAGGGGGGUUAACUGAGCUAGAAUCCAUGGACGAGUCUGGGAAAUUUGCUGAGCAACUUAAGGCUCUUGCUCAUGAGGAACCAUCAGAUGAAGCUCCUUUGCCUCCAUUUCCCGGUGAGGAUGAUGUUUCUGCAACUGGAAAGAUAGAUGAGUUGGCCUCAAUCGUCAAAAAGAUGAAAGAAUCAAUUGUUCUUAGUGAUAGAUUUUCCAAGUUGCGAAAGUUCAACAAUUGUUUUCUUGGGUCUGAAGCUGUUGAUUUCCUGUCACGAGAUCAGGACUUGGAACGAGAAGAGGCAGUCAACCUCGGAAGAAAACUUGUGAAAGGACUAUUUUUUCGGCAAGUCUUGGAUGAAAAUAUAUUUGAAGAUGGGAACUACUUGUAUCGGUUCUUGGAGCAUGAUCCCUUAAUUUCAACUAAUUGCUACAAUAUGACGAGGGGUGUAAAUGAACUAAAACCUAAGCGUGUUACUGAAAUCGCAUCCCGAUUAAGGUUUGUGUCCUUUGCGAUCUUUGAAGCUUAUGUAAGUGAAGAUGGCAGACAUGUUGACUACAAAAGUAUUCAUGGCUGUGAGGAAUUCAGAAGGUACUUGAGAAUAAUAGAGGAGCUUCAAAGAGUGGAAUUGGAUAACAUAUCCAGAGAAGAGAAGCUUGCUUUCUUCAUAAACCUAUACAAUAUGAUGGCCAUCCAUGCGAUAUUGACGUGGGGUUAUCCCAAUAGUGCUGCUGAUAGGAAAAAGUUUCUCGGAGAGUUUAAGUAUGUGGUUGGUGGGUGCCCCUAUUCUCUUUCAGCAAUUCAAAAUGGUGUACUGAGGGGUAACCAACGGCCUCCAUACAAUAUUUCCAAGCCUUUUGGUGCAAGAGACAUGCGUUUCAAGGUGGCUCUGCCUUAUGUAGAACCUCUUAUUCACUUCGCCUUGGUAUCUGGCAAUGUAUCUGGUCCUCCACUCAGGUGCUACUCCCCUGGUAACAUUGACAUGGAACUCAUGGAGUCUGCUCGCAAUUUCCUAAGGAAUGGAGGUCUCCUUGUUGAUGCUGAGACAAAGACGGCAUCUGCAAGUAGCAUCAUUCGAUGGUACAGUGUGGAUUUUGGAAAGAACGAGGCGGAGGUAAUGAAGCAUUUAUCAAAUUACCUUGAACCAUCAAAGUCCCAGGACCUUUUGGAUUUGCUUGCAAACAAUCAGUUGCGGGUCACAUACCAGCCUUACGAUUGGGGUCCUAACUGCUAGCAUUUUCCCUUGACUGUUGUAGUUCCUAAUUUCUCUAUCUGAACUGGACAGUUAGUGAUUUUUCAGCUUACAUUAGUACCAUAAGAAUCAGGGUAAUCUAUUCUUCAUUGCGAGGAUACUUGUUUAACUUUAGGAAUUGGCUUGGUAUACAAAUGCAAAGGACCAACGACAUCAUCAGAUAUGUAUCAGAUGAGUUUCUGCUUGUUUU